AUGGCCUAUUUAGCACCGGUACAUCGACCAAGUAGUGUACGUCUUACAUUAAGAUUGAAUCUUCUAGAUCACAGGGAGGAAUGUCUAGUACUUGCCAAAGCAAAUCGAUUGGAAAUAUGGAAGGCCACGGAAGAAGGCCUUACAAUGGCAUACUCGAAAUCUAUAUACGGCCGCAUAUCCAUGCUCCAAAAGAUCCAACCCGCCGGAUCCAAAACCGACCAUCUGUUCGUAGGAACUGUUCGAGCACAAUACUUUACCGUCAUGUGGAAUCCUAAUACGCAUAAGCUGGAUACCAUGCAAUCAUUUGUGGAUAUUUCUCAAGAACAUAUGCGGGAUUCGGAAAGUAGAGAUAGAUGUCUUGUGGAUCCGACGGGGCGAUUACUGGUCAUGGAAUUGUAUGAGGGAGUGUUGAAUUUGGUGAAGAUUGUGAAGCCGAGAGGAGGCAAAACGGAUUAUCUGGAGAAACCGGAACAAGUUAGGAUUUCGGAGAUGAAGGUUAGGGCGAGUGCGUUUCUGUAUACGCAUACCAAACAGCCGAAACUGGCGUUACUUUACCAGGACGCGAGGGAGAAUGUGAAUUUGGCGACAUAUAGGAUGCUGGAUGAUAAAGGACAUCCCAAUCUGCAAUUUGAUCCGAAGAAAAAUAGGGAGAAUGAUCUGGAUGAUUUGUGUGUUGGGGCUAUGCACAUCAUACCAGUUCCGAAGGGAGAAGAUGAGGGGAGCAAGAGGUAUAUUGUUAGGAAUGCGACGACGGCGAAGGCUAAUUUAGGAGGAGUGGUUGUCCUAGGAGAGACGAAGUUUACGUAUCUGGAUGAUGAGAGUAAAGCGAUCGUCGAGUAUGCGCUAGAUGAGGCUGUAUUAUGGGCUGCAUGGGAACCAAUAGACGACAGGAAUUAUCUGCUGGGAGAUGAUUAUGGAUUUCUAUACCUUUUCACAAUAUUAGUCGAUGGUGCUACAGUUACUGGAAUGAAGGUUCUAAAACUGGGGCAGGUAUCUAAGCCUACAUCUUUAGAGAACCUGGGCAAUGGGGUGUUCUAUGUUGCUUCGCAUGAAGCAGACAAUCAAGUCAUUCAAAUAGAUUUGGGGAGUCCGAAUUAUAGUGUUACGGUAUUACAGGUAUUACCUAAUAUUGCGCCCAUACUAGAUUUCACAAUCAUGGAUAUGGGUGGGAGAGAGGGUCAGACUCAAUUGAAUGAGUACUCUUCAGGCCAAGCUCGAUUAGUCACGGGUAGUGGAGGGUUUGAGGGAGGAAGUUUAAGAAGCGUUCGAAGUGGCGUUGGGCUUGAUGAUAUUGCAAUACUUGCCGAAAUGGAGGGUAUUCAUAAGGUUUUCGCAUUACAUUCUGGUCCAAGUCUGCCGAAUGAUACUCUUGUAGUGUCAUUUUCCACGGAAACUCGAUUCUUCAAGUUCGAUUCGCUAGGAGAUAUCGAAGAGGUGAAUACUAUCAGCAAUUUGUCGGCUGCCUCGGAAACAUUACUAACUUAUAAUCUCGAUAAUGGUUGUAUACUACAAGUCACCCAACAUGAGGUAGCAAUACAUGGCAAAUCCCCGGGGCAUCGAUGGCAACCUCCUGACGGACAAAUUAUUACAGCAGCUUCGGGGAACCAGAACUAUAUUCUACUUUCAUCUAAUGGACGUACACUAGUCACUCUGUCAAUCGAACAAAAUCUAGCCGAAGUUGCGUUUCAGGAGCUUGGGGAUGAUCAAGUAGCUUGCAUACAUGUACCUCAGUUAUUGGGAGAUAUAGGUGUUAUUGGUUUAUGGAAAUCAGGAUCAAUAUCUCUCCUUGAUCUAAAAACUCUCAAAACUAUAGUAUCCGAAGAUCUACGACGGAACGAUGGUGCUUCUAUACCGAGAGACAUUGCUCUUACUCAAAUUUUGCUUCCGGAACUUUCGGGUCCAACAUUAUUUGUGAGUAUGGAAGAUGGUAUUGUGUUGAGUUUCGACGUCGACAGUGAGAAUUGUUCACUUUCCGGACGGAAAAGUAUUGUGCUCGGUACACAACAGGCACGACUUCAAAUUCUGCCGCGAGAUAACACCACUUUCAAUGUCUUUGCAACUUGUGAGCAUCCUAGUUUGAUAUACGGUUCUGAGGGUAGGACUGUGUAUUCGGCUGUUACAGCUGAAGAUGCGAUCACAGUAUGCUCGUUCAACAGUCGAGCAUAUCCUGAUUCAGUAGUCGUGGCUACAACGAAUGAGCUCAAACUCUCAGCCAUCGACAAUGAACGGAGAACACAUGUCAGAACUUUACCGAUUGGUGAAACUGUCAGAAGAAUAGCAUACUCAGCCAAAGAGAGAGCAUUUGCUAUUGGAGCCAUCAAACGUGAAUUAACAAAAGGACAAGAAAUCGUCACUACUUCUUUUAGAUUGGUUGAUGAGGUCGUUUUCGGCGAACUAGGCGAGCCAUUUUACUUACCAGCCAAUGACGAAAUCAUCGAAAGUGUUAUACGAGCCGAGCUUCCAACAAAAUAUGGAGACGGUGAACUAGUCGAGCGCUUCCUAGUUGGUACCAGUUUUCUCCAUGAUGGCGAAGUAAAUAUUCGUGGUCGUCUUCUUAUCUUCGGUGUCAAUAGUGACAGAACUCCAUACAUAAUCGCUUCUCACACUCUUAAAGGCUCUUGCAGGUGUAUUGGUGUCCUUAAUGGUAAAAUCGUCGCGGCACUUAAUAAAACUGUUGUCAUGUACGAUUACGAAGAAACGUCCCGUACUACUGCCAAUCUUCGAAAAGUUGCUACCUAUCGCUGUGCGACUUGUCCAAUCGAUAUCGAUAUUAGAGGUAACAUAAUAGCCGUAGCCGAUAUCAUGAAAUCCGUUGCUCUCGUCGAAUAUACACCAGGCGUCGACGGCCUACCAGACAAACUCGAAGAAGUGGGUAGACAUGCACAACAAGUUUUCGCAACGAGUAUAGCCGAGGUAGACACAGAUACUUAUUUGGAAUCAGAUCAUGAUGGGAAUCUCAUUGUCUUAAAGAGGAAUCGCGAGGGAGUUACAAGGGAAGAUAAGCUUAGGCUUGAGGUUCUUUGUGAGAUGAAUUUGGGGGAGAUGGUAAAUAAGAUUAAAAGGAUUAAUGUAGAAACGUCAAAAGAUGCACUGCUAAUCCCUCGAGCCUUCGUCGCAACAACCGAAGGUUCCAUCUAUCUCUUCUCCCUCAUCCCCCCUCAAAAUCAAGACCUUCUAAUGCGUCUCCAAAGCCGUCUCGCAUCUCUCCCAGCCCGCUCUCUCACAGACUCUUCCUUCUCAGCUCCCAUCGAAUUCAGUCCCGGCAAUCUCGAUUUCGAUAAAUAUAGAUCGUAUGUCUCGGCCGUGAGGGAAACAAAUGAACCCUUUCGAUUUGUAGACGGGGAGUUGAUUGAACGGUUUUUGGAUUUGGACGGCGCGAUUCAAGAGAAUAUUUGUGACGGCUUGGGUGUUAGGGCGGAGGAUUUGAGGGGUGUGGUGGAGGGGCUAAGGAGGUUGUGUUAG